AAUUUCUCGUCUCUGUUCCCUCAAAAAAAAAAAAAAAAAAUAAGAAAGAGAGAAAACCCUCCUCUCCUCCGGUCCUCCUUCCCGAGCCGGCGAGCCUCCGACGACCUUACUCCGCUCCCGUCAGACCCAUCCUUCAGGCUUCACCCCAUCAGGUAUUGUACAAUAACUAUGGCGGGUAGAGCUCAGAUUCAAACCAACAACUCUGCUCUCAUCGCCAUGAUCGCCGACGAGGAUACGAUAACUGGAUUUUUGAUGGCUGGAGUUGGUAAUGUUGAUCUACGAAGGAAAACAAACUACCUUAUUGUGGACUCAAAAACAGCAAUGAAAACAAUUGAGGAUGCAUUCAGGGAAUUCACCUCAAAGGACGACAUCGCCAUUGUGCUGAUAAGCCAAUAUGUUGCGAAUAUGAUAAGGUUUCUUGUAGAUAGCUACGAUAAGCCUAUUCCAGCAAUCUUGGAGAUUCCCUCCAAGAAUCAUCCAUAUGAUCCAGCUCAUGAUUCAGUUCUUUCACGUGUUAAGUACUUGUUUUCAGCUGAAUCUGUAGCAAGGCGCUAAGAGGCAGUAGCUUUCAUGGGAGUUCUUUAUUUGCACCUGAGUACUCAAAUCAAAGCCAUCAGAUCCUUUUGCUAAGCACGUGUAGCACGUACUUCAUGAUUAUUUGCAAGAGAGGGAAUAAAAUUUAAUGUGUAUUUUUCAAUAAAUAAUUGCAGUUGCUAGAUGCAAUAACUGGUUCUUUGCCUGUGUGUGAUGGAUAUAUGAAAAGAUUAAUCAGAUGAUUUGGAUGUCAUUGCUCGAAAUA